UUCAGCAUGGGAUUGGCAUGCAGGUGGUGAGUCCUUCCAGGUGCUUCAAUGGUCCUGGAAAAAAGACUCUCUGGAAGCAGAGUACCUGCUCCCUCCUCUCUGUUUUAUCUGGAUGACGUAGGCGUUGUCCCUUCCUCUUGUGCCCCACCCUCCCCGGGGAAAGGUAAAUUGCAGCUGACAUGCAGCCAGAGUAUUCUGUCAAAGGCAGGUGGCGACCUUGAGUGAACAGCACCUCGGGCAGGUUGUCUUUGGAAACAGGACACAGCUGACCAGAAUCCCUCCCCCACCCGCAUACAGUCUGCAAGUGCCCUCCUCCUGCCCACCAGAAGUAUGGAAGGUGCAAGGAAGAUGCUCACAAGCCAGCUACAGAAUUUGCCCACCGUGGUCCUCUUCAUCUCCUGCUCUGUUUUCCUUUUCCUACUUGUUGCGAAGAACGAAUGGGAGUCCCUCGGUACGCUUUCCUUGCCGUCCAACAUCAAGCUCAAGGGCAGCCCAAAUUCCGCAGGCAAUCGUAAAAGUGCCAUGGUAUUUGAAUGGGAAUCUGCACUGGAGAAGACAAAGGAGACCAAGCCCUCUGGUCUGUUUUCCCCACCACCACCAGUGGCCACGCGGCAUCCCUUGGAGGUUGUCUAUUCCACUGAUUAUAGGUUCCUUCUCAACGAGCCAAACAAAUGCCAGGAGAGGAGCCCUUUCUUAAUCCUGCUAGUGAUAACUGAGCCCCAGCAUUUUCCCACAAGGCAGGCCAUCCGGCAGACAUGGGGCAAUGAGAGCUCGGUGCCUGGGGUUUCCAUUUUUCGUCUCUUUCUGACGGGUGUCCACCCAAAAUUUGGAUACCCGCUCCAAGCCCUUUUGGAAGAGGAGAGUUCCAUCCACAGAGACAUUAUUCAGCAGGACUUCCUGGAUACCUACAACAACCUUACCCUGAAGACUCUGAUGGGCAUGGAGUGGGUAAGCAAGUUCUGCCCCAAUGCCACCUACGCGGUGAAGGCAGACAGUGACAUCUUUCUCAAUGUGAACUACAUGGUAUCCCAGCUGCUGCAGCCUCACCUGCCACCCAAGAAGAACUACAUGACAGGGUACAUCUACUGGAAAACAAAGCCACUGCGUGACAAGGCCUACAAGUGGUAUGUGCCACGGGAGGUGUACUCCAAUGAGACCUACCCGCCCUACUGCGCAGGCCCAGGGUAUGUGUUCUCUGGGGAUCUGGCCAAGAAGAUCUACCAGGUGGCAAAGACCAUCAAGGUCAUUAACAUGGAAGAUGCCUUCAUGGGAAUCUGCCUGUAUGAGCUGGGCAUCAGCGUGACAAACAGCCCCUGGGGUCUCUUCAAUGUAUACAAAGUCAAGUAUGAGAAGUGCAAGUUCUCCAAGGUGGUGGUGGUGCAUCAUUAUGGGCCAGAGGAGCUGCUGCAGAUUUGGCCUGACUUUCAGGACCAGAACCAGACUUGCAAGAGUUAAAAGGGAGGGAGGUGAACAGACACACAUCCUCUUGUGGAGAAGUUGGCAUAGAGGACUGGCAACAUGCGGGCAUGUUCCUGUACAAUGGACAAAUCCAUGCCAACAAAUUGCGGUGAGGAAGGGGAGGAUGGCUCAGAGAAGAAGGAAGAUUCUGUGCUUGUCAAAAUGUGUAUUUAUGCCCUCAGAAGCGAGCUUGCCCCACAUAACAUACUCAUCGUGCAGUGUGGUCCGUUGCCAUUCACACUGCUUUCCUCCCCAUAGAAUCUCUGCAGCUGCCCAUAGCAACUUGUUUGGCCUCUGAACUGACCACUCUGCUACUAAUGUGCCAAACUGACAACUUCAGAGUUUUGAGAUCAUCAAAACCACCACCUCACCUACUGGGAGAGAGCAACCCUCCGGCCAUGCAGGUGUGGCUCCAGGCGUAGGGUUGCCAUACAUCCAGGAAUUCCCGGUAAU